AUGUUCACUCGUUCAUCAUCGUCCAUUGGAAAACCUGUCAAACGUGUAGUGCAACGGUGCUGUUCGAGAUGUACAGCAUCUCAGCAACAGCAGUUGCACACAGCUCACCAAGCUGGUUAUACUCCAGCAAGGCCUCCGCUGAGACAGCCAGCCAGAACUGGCAAUAAGUCGACCUUGCGGAGAAAUUUAAACAGUCAUAAGGAGGAUUCCAUCCACAAAUCCAGGCAAACUAUUUUCUCUCUCAUUCAGCCUACUGGUAUACCUCACCUGGGCAACUAUCUAGGUGCUCUUCGGCAAUGGAAAGACCUCCAAGAUAGGGAACCAAAUCCUGAUGCACCAGGAUCGAAAUCUCGACGACUUUUUGGCUUAGCAGAUCUUCAUUCUCUCACAUCGAAGCAAGACCCUCAACUUCGUCGCGAGAAUAUCCGCCAGACCUUGGCAUCUCUGCUGGCGAUUGGAUUGGAUCCAAAGCACUCUCUAAUUUUCCUACAAUCUUCUGUGAGUGCACAUUCGGAAUUGAUGUGGAUCCUCUCGAACGUAGCAUCAACUGGCUAUCUAUCACGCAUGACCCAGUGGAAGGACAAGGCGGGAAUACCAACAUCGACAGCCGUGUCAGAACCUGAGCAGACUCUGGAGAACAUCGACGAGAAAGCUCGUGAGAAACUGAAGUUGGGCCUGUUCUCGUACCCGGUGUUGCAGGCAGCUGAUAUACUCCUAUAUGAUGCAGACUACGUUCCUGUGGGAGAAGACCAAGCUCAGCACGUAGAAUUCACUCGUCACCUGGCGCGAUCGUUCAACAGCACAUACAAUGCCAACCAGAAGCCGAUAUUGACAGUGCCGCAGCUUAUGCUGUCUUCAGCGAAACGGGUCAUGUCUCUGCAAGAUCCUACCAAGAAAAUGUCCAAGUCGGAUCCUGACGAGGCCUCACGAGUGCUAAUUACUGAUCUACCGGAGGUCAUUGUGCACAAAUUCAAACGAGCGUUGACUGACUCAGUGGCUGGGCCGAUCACCUUCGAUCCUCAACAACGUCCUGGCGUGUCGAAUUUGAUAGAGAUUCUUCGACAUGUUACCCGCUCUCAGAGAUCGUCCAACGAGAUAGCGCAAGACUAUGCCAACAAGAAUCUUGGCAAGCUGAAGAAAGACGUGGCAGAAGCUGUCAUUAAUGAGUUUGCAGGCAUCAGAGAGAGAUAUGAGCAGCUUGUAAGGCCAGGCAACAAAGAUAUUGAACAAGUCAUAGAUACAGGUUACCACAUGGCCAGCUUGAUUGCCCGCCGUACCCUGAGUCGAGUUAAGAAGGCAGUCGGACUCUUGGAGCCGGACAGUCUGAGUCGACCUAUGGAGGGUGCCAGAGUAGGAGGGCCUGUCCCUACCAGUGGCAGAACCCUGUGA